AUGCAAUCUAAAAUCCAGUACACAUCAUGUUAUUGUGAAGAAAACAUCUAUCAGCUAGCAGAGUAUUUUGUAAAAGAAAAACCUCAAUUACAGGCCUAUGUAAUAUUUUUGUCAACACCGACAAAGACGAUGCCAAUUUGGGAGCAGUCGAAGUCUCCAUUCGUUAUAUGGGAUUAUCAUGUAGUACUUUUGACGAGAAGCCUCCAAAAUCCUAGGGAAGGAUGGUUUGUAUGGGAUCAUGAUACUAGAUUACCGAUUCCCUGUCCUUUGGAACAUUAUCUUGAACGAGCGCUUCGUCGAGACUGGGAGCAUUCUCCUGAGCUACCGCUUAUUUUUGGUAAUUCAUAUUGUGACAUGAACCGAAAAUACAGAGUCAUAGAAGCAAAAUCAUAUCUUCAGCAUUUUAGCUCUGAUCGCUCACAUAUGAAAACCGAAACAGGAGAAUGGCUUUCCCCUCCUCCGCCAUAUCCUUGUAUAGGAAAAGGAAAUCAGAUGAACCUCCCACAAUAUACAAACGUAAACGACAACCAAAACGAUGCUGUAUUUGGUAUUGUCUAUAAUGAAGACGAGUUUCGACAAACGUUCCAAAAAUCCGCUUAA